GGAGAAUAAAAACGUGACGUUGGGAGAAUCUGUCACUUUAAACCCUGGCAAUGAAAUACACAGAGAUGAUGAGAUACAGUGGAUGUUUGGUGAUGAAAACAAACUCAUUGCUCAAAUGAUGGGACAGACUAGAGAGAUCACAUAUCCUGAUGCUGACAAGAGAUUCAUAAACGCACUGCAGCUGGACAAGACUGGAUCUCUGACUAUCAAGAGCAUCACAAAUGAACAAACUGGAAAUUAUAAACUACAGAUAUGCAACAGCAGAAGAACCACAAAGAAGAAAUUUUGUGUUGCUAUCAAUGUGAACAUUCUGUCAGUGAUGGAUGGAGAUGAAGUCAGACUAAACACUGGUGCUGAAAUACAGACAGAUGAUGAGAUAGAGUGGAAGUUUGAAACUGAGAAGUCUCCCAUAGCUGAAAUAAAAAAAAGGAAUGGAGAGACACAUGAUGGUCCUGAUUGGAGAUUCAGAGACAGACUGAAGCUGGACGAGACGACUGGAUCACUGACCAUCACAAACAUCAGACCCAUACAUGAUGGGGUUUAUCGAGUAAAGAUCAGCGGCAGCAGAGAACCCAAAUACAAGACAUUCAUUGUUACUGUCACUGUGCGGGUGCUUUCAGUGAUGGAGAGAGAUUGUGUCUUUAUAGACACUUAUACUAAAAUACAGAAGGAUGAUCUGAUCCUGUGGAAGUUUGGAGAUGAAGACCGCCUCAUUGCUCAAAUGAUUGGAGAGACCACAAAGACAUUUGGUGGUCCUAAUGAGAUAUUUAGAGAAAAACUGAUGCUGGACCAGAAGACUGGAUCUCUGACCGUCAUGAAUUCCACAAUUAAACACUCUGGACUUUAUAAACUACAAAUCAGCAACUGCAGAGGGACCAAAUACAGGGAAGUCAAUGUUGAAAUCCAUG